AUGCGUAUCGCCGCGUCUCUCGGGUUACAAUGCACCGCUCUUCUUUGUCCCUGGCUAACCUUGGAUGACAGAAACCCCAACGGGAGCCCAGUUGGUAGCUCGCCUGGUGGCUCUGGCAACAUCAUUCCUGGCAACACCGACGGGUCUGGUAACCCUUCGUACCCAAGCAGCGCUGCCGGAAACGUUCCUGGCCCCUUGCCCAGCAGCGUCGGCCCUGGCUCUACCGACGGUGGCUCUAACGGUCUCCCCCCUGAUGAACCUAGUGGUGUCCCCGGUGGUGUCCCCGGUGGUGUCCCUGGUGGUGUCCCUGGUGGUGUUCCUGGUGGUAUCCCUGGUGGUGUUCCUGGUGGUAUCCCUGGAAACCUUCCUGGUAAUUCUUCUCCCAAUAUCCCUGGUGCUGGUUCAAUUAUCGUUCCUGGCAGCUUUCCUACCAAUGCACCUCAGAACAUGCCUGGCUCACCUGGGUCUCCCAACGCUGGUGGCUCUGACCUCCCUACCUGUUCUCUUCGCUCCACAAAGACUGUUGUUGUCACUGUCUACCCCACAGAUACUCACGACGGACAAGAUUUCCCGUGGCCAGACGAUUCGGAUUCUGAUGGCUCAGAGUUCCCAUCACCCUUCCCUACCACGCCUGCGGAUUUCACUUCUCUGAUGCCCGCAUCUUCUGUCCCUCCUUUCACCACGUUGACACUCGACAUUUGGGGUCCCGAUGGUAGCCCUUCAAGCUCUGGUUCAGGGUCAGAUGAUGGUACAGGAUCUGGUGAUAGCAGCAAUCCAGAAGAUGGUAACGGCACAGAAAAUGGCAACAGCGUCGGUGGUGCCAACGAUCCUAGUGAUGGUUCUGACAGCUCAAACUCCGGCUCCAAUUCCGGAUCUGAAUCGGGUGUUAGCAACAGCUCUGGGUUAGAUGGCGAGAAUAGCUCUCAGAACAACUCCGAUUCCCCAUCCUUCUCCCAGACCCCUGGCUCCAAUGGUGCACCUGGGUAUUCUGAUGGCGCUCCUGGUGAUGAUUCCUCUGUGGGUUUCCCUGGAGCUUCUGGUGCCAACACCGCUGCCCCCACUCCUUUCCCGGGACCUGGCUCUCCAAGCGAUGGUGGUGUACCAGGCAGCCAGCCCCAAUUCCCUUCUGCUAUGCCUCCCCAAGAGGCGAGCGACAGUCUCCCAGUCACCACCCAGGCAGGCCCUCAAGGCCAAGGCGAGAACUCCCCAUGGUUCACCAACGUCCCAGGAGGAAAUGAUGCUGGCCAACCUAUCCCCUCCUUCAUCACUAUCACUGGCCAAGACGGACUACCCACUAUUGUCAGCAGCGGAAGCAAUGUUGGCCCUGGCCAAGAACAGCCUUCAGCUACCCCAGGGUUCACCCAAAGUGGCAACAACCCAGGCCUCCCAGGUGGAGUUCCUACAGUAUUUCCACUACCCUCUGCUGUAUCUGCUGGUCUCCCUGGUUCACAAAGUCCUUCCAACUCCCAAGCUGGAUCUCUUCCUGGCAGCGGACCUGGAGGGGGAAUCACUACAUGUGCAACCUUCACCAUCACUGGCACCGACGGCCUUCCCACAGUGACUGACUCCACGUGGGUUGUCCCUUACAGCACACCUUCCUUUGAGGACUCCUCACAACUUCCCGUAACUGGCAUUCCCCAAGCUUCACUCUCUGGCAUACCAAUUGAUGUUGGUAGCAUCCCCACUGGUCCAAUCUCUGCACCUGGCAUACCUCAGGACGGGUCUGGAGGCUCUGGCUCAUCAACGUGCACAAGCUACACCAUCAUUGGCACUGACGGGCUUCCCACGGUGGUUCACUCCACUUGGGCUGUUCCUGUGACUGGAUCUGACUCUGACUCUGGACACCCGACGGGCGCUCCUGGCUCAGAGUCUUCAGGGGGCUUCUUGACCAUUUCCGGGUUGUCAACCUUCAGCCCCGAUGAUAUUCCAGGAUCACUUUCUACAACAUCCAACUUGGGUGGCGCUAUCCCUAUCACCACUUCCACGAGUUACACUAUCAUUAGUGCCGAUGGUCUUCCUACAGUUGUGGGCACCACUUUGGUCAUCCCUGGACCGACAAAUACUGACCCCAGUAUCAGCACUGGCACCAAAGAACCCUCGUGGGCUUCGGAUUCUCUACCCAACGGCGUCACAUCUGCCAUAACCAUGCAAACCACUGGAGCUCCCGAACUACCCUCUUCUGGCCCGUCCGAUGCCUCUGGAUCUGAUGAUGGAAGCGAAGGCAUUACCACUUGUACUAGCUACACUACCAUUGGACCUGAUGGUUUUCCAACAAUUGUCGAUUCGACCUGGGUUAUCUCAGGAUCUGCCAACACUCGAUCCGAGUCACCGAGUAAUCCCUCUUUUGUCUCCGACUCACUUACUUCUGGCCUUCCCAUUGGAAAUCCUGGCCCAGUGACAUCCUCCCCGGGUCUCCCCUCCAAUGGAAACGAUGGUGAAGUGUCUGGCCUCACCACCUGCAUUACCUACACAGUAAUCGGAACAGAUGGCCUUCCAACAGUUGUUGAUUCGACAUUUGUCGUUCCCACUGGUACUGAAAAUCCUGCUGGAGCAAGCCCUACUGAUGACCAAACUGAUUCAUCUCUUGGUUCUCCAAAAGCAUUCACCACGAUCACAACUGCUGUCGUACUUGGCCCUGACGGAAAGCCGACACCAACUGAGCAGACCAUUGUCUUCAGUGACUCUUCUGCGCUUGGUAUUUCUGCUGAUGUUCCUCAAGCAACGUCCUCUGGCAUUACACCCCCAUCUAACUCUGAGCCUGUCCUCACUACAGGCGACCUGGGCCCUCUUUCUACCAGUAUCCCAACCCUCAACGGCUACAAUGACGGAAUGCCUGAAGACCCCAUCUCGGUUAUACUCACCGAUGCUAGCGCCGAUGCGCAGGGUACUUCUGCUUCUGGUACAACCACUGGAACUUUCACUUGGACUGUCACUUCUGUUGUUGACACUUCAAAUGGUCCCGUGUUUUCAGAUGGUGCGGAUCAGCCUCCCUUCACCAGUAACCUUUCAGGUGACGGUUCCUCUGAUCAGCUUCCCCAGACUGCGUACGGACCUGUUGCAAGCGAGAACACUCUCUGGCCUCUUUCUGCAGGCACUGCCACUCUACAGACCACUACCUGGACCAAUGUCAUCAAGGAUGAGACCACUUCUUACACAAUCGACUACCCUCUCACCACUCUUGCCACUGUCACCGUUCCCCGAAAGCGCUUCUUUCGCCGUCAAGGCAUGUCUUGGUCUAACACCACUGCCUCUGACUCCAGCGCGACUUCUCCCACGGCAACAGAAACGACUUCCAAAGCCAGUUCUCCUUCCAUCUGUGCAACAGGAGGAAGCAUUGGAAAUACCACCAUUGAUUUCGAUAACUCCAAACCCGGGCCUCUCUUCAAUCCCGUUGAGAACAUCUGGUUUUCAGGAGGUUUCCUUAUCGCACCACCUUCUUCUAGGCAAUCUCAACCAUACAUCCCUACUUCUGGUGGUCAGCUAGUGGAGUUUGUUCCCCCGGCGCUCUCCAACACAACAUCUACGAUCUCGGGAGACGUCGCCCAGAUUGGUGUAGGCCCCCAUGCCGCCAGCCCUUGCUUCCGAUUCGACCUCUUUGGAGCCAGCCUUGGAUGUGAUGCCCAUGGAGGCGAGAAGUGGUGCGAGUUUGAGAUCUCAGCCUACCGCUGGAAUGAGACCUCGUCUACCGAAGAGUCCAUCGCUUGGUCGGAAACCAAGCAAGUACCGGCCUGUCCAACAUUUUCCGAGGGCGGCUACGAGCUGACCCGUGUUGAUCUGGAUGGCUAUACAGACCUCUCGUCGGUUCUGAUCGCCGUGCGCGUUUCUCAAAAUCUGCGUGUUUGGUGGGGUGAUGACUUCCGUGUCGGCUGGACUGACAAUAGCUGUAUCGCUGCCUCUUGUCGUACCAACGUCCCAUCCCAGCUUGUCAAACGAGAGACUGUUCUCUCUGCUCUUCGACAAGGUGUUUACCAGUGGACACCUCAUGAGCUCAAGCGUCUGGAAGACAGUCUGGUUUAG